UAUUGUCAGAACCGCACUGCAAACCAGCAAACAUUAAAUUUAACAUGGCACCAGUUGACAGUUCACCGAGAGGAAAUAUGGGUGGAUUUGAACUUGUAUAUUCUGUGAAAACUAAUGAUACAAUACCGGUGCAUGUGUAUAAAUCUACAAAUACCGGAAUUACGGUUUGUAUAGCAGAAGUUGAUGGACCUCUUGUUUAUGGCUAUUUUGGCUUAGCUACUGAGGCACACGACGACGAUGGAUUGCCUCAUACAUUGGAACAUCUUAUUUUCUUGGGAAGCGAGGAUUAUCCUUACAAAGGUAUUUUAGAUUUAUGGGCAAACAGAUGUUUGGCAUCUGGUACUAAUGCAACAACAAUGAUGGAUUUUACCUGUUAUACGAUGUCAACUGCUAGCAGUGAAGGAUUCUUAUCCUUAAUGCCUGUAUAUUUGGAACAUAUUCUUUACCCAACGCUUACGGAUUCAGCUUAUCUUACAGAAAUACAUCAUGUUAAUGGUAAAGGUGAGAAUGCUGGUGUAGUGUACUGUGAAAUGCAAGGCAGAGAAAACAUAGGAGAAUAUUUGGUAUAUCAAGAACUGUCUCGUGCAAUGUUUCCUGGUCAUUGUGGUUAUAAAUCAAUAACUGGAGGAGCAUUAAAAAAUCUCAGAGAAAGUACUAAUAAUGAAAAAGUAAGACAAUAUCAUAAGGACUUCUAUAGGCCUGAAAAUUUGACCCUAGUAAUAAUUGGUCAAAUAAAACAUGUUGAUGUGUUCAAAGCUUUACAACCUCUGGAACAGAAAAUCAUGUUGAAAGGAAAUAGGGGUGUAUUUGAAAAGCCUUGGCAAAGUCCUGUACCACCUCUGCUCAAAAGCAUAGAUUUAGAUGUGCAAUAUCCUUGUGAUGAUGAAGACAAUGGAGUAGUGAAAGUUGCUUGGCGGGGACCGUCUAUUGUUAACGAAAUAUAUGAUUUCGUUGGUUGUAUUUUGCUGUUACACUAUCUUACUGAUACAUCGGUCAGUCCGCUACAACAAGAAUUUCUUGAAACUAGUGAACCAUAUGCUAGCAAUGUCGGUUACUAUCCUUGCGAGUAUUCCGUCAGUGUUCUAUGCCUUCAAUUCGAAAAUGUGCCGAAGCCAAAAAUCUCACAUGUAAAGGCUCAAUUGCAAAAGACGUUAAAUGAUGUGCACGAAAAAGGUAUCGAUAUGAAACGAUUGAAAACGGUCAUUCACAGGCGUAUCCUUCAAACACUAAGCUGCUUGGAAAGUAAUCCUCAAAAUGUAAUAGCUCACAUGCUUUUUAUACAUGUUCUUUACGGCAAUACAAAAGAAGAUUUAGACCAAAGAUUAAACGACAUAAAAGAUCUCAAGAAAUUGGAAAUGGAGCCUGAAUCUUACUGGUUGAACCUUUUGAAAAAAUACUUUCUUGAUUCUCCAUUGAUUGUAGUUAAAGGAAUCCCCAGCUUAAACAAGCAGCUUGAAUUAACCGAGAAAGAGAAAGAACGUGUAGCUAAACAAAUUGAAGAUUUAGGCGAGGAAGGCCUUCAACUGAAAGAAAAAGAACUGGAAGGAGCUAUUGCUAAAAAUAAUAUACCAGUACCUGAUGAAAUAUUAAGUUCAGUACCUAUACCAAGUACUGAUCUGAUCAGUUUCCAUCAUAUCAAAAGUUACACGACAGAAACUACCGAGCAACAUUCUAGAUUCGCCGUAACAGAGCUGCCGUUUUAUACAUACCUGGAUCACGUUACCACAAAUUUUGUGAAUAUUUGCGUUAUCAUGAAUACAUCAUCCGUCGAAAGAAAGUAUAAACCUUACAUUCCUUUGUUACUCGAAGUUAUUAUGGAAUCUCCAGUAAAGCGAAAUGGACAACUGGUUCCAUAUGAAGAAGUGGUAGCUGAAUUGGAAGCAGAUACUGUUGAAACUACGACUGGACUCGGACAUUCAUCUCCCUCAAGAUUUUCGUGCGGACCAUAUAGUUACUGUGCCAUUUUAUGGUUGCAACUGGAGAUAGAGAAAUACGAAAAAGGUGUACAGUGGAUUAAAGAGCUUUUAUAUGAAACCGAACUAACACCUAAUAGAUUAAAAAUAAUAGCCACAAAAAUGGUCAAUGAUGUUGCUCAAUUUAAAAGGAACGGAUUCCAAGUUGUGGGCGAUUUAAUGAGAGGAUUGUUGUAUAACAAAGACAGUAAUCAAUUCACGUCCAGUAUGCUGCGACAACAGAAAUUUCUUAAUAGCAUCUUAGAACGUUUGAAUAAUGAAGAAGGGCAAAGGGAAGUUUUAUCAGAAAUUGAAAUUGUUAGAAAAGUUUUAACAACGCCUAAAAAUAUGACUCUGUACGUGGCGACUAAUGUGGAUAAGUUGACCAUUCAGAUUCCGAAUGUCUACGAUUCAUGGAAUACUCAUUUUUCUGAGUUAACUAUGUCAGAUAAAACCAAACUCGAAGUUAUUCCUGAUUCAGCAUUUAUAAAUCCUCCGGAUGAAAUCCCGUGUAAGGGAUGCGUUACAGGAUUGGGUUGUAUAGAAUCCUCGUUUUUAUCACAAUGUUGUCCGUGCAUAAAUAAUCAUCAAGAUCCAGAUUUAGCACCUUUGCUUGUUUGUUUACAGUACUUAACCCAGAUAGAGGGUCCCAUGUGGAAACUUAUAAGAGGCCAAGGUCUUUCUUACGACUGCAAUAUCUAUGCUAAACCGAGCGAGGGAUUAUUACAUUUGACAUUUUAUAGAUCAACAAAUAUUAUAGCAGCAUACAAAGAAGCAAAAUCAAUUGUAAAUAUGCAUGUUUCCGAAAAUAAAUGGGAGAAAUUACUUUUCGAAUCAGCAAAAUCUUCUCUAAUAUAUGAAAUCAUUGAAAAGGAGCAGAGUGUGUGUGCCUUGGUACAACAGUCAUUAUUGUCUUAUUUCAAAAAUGUUUCACAUAAUUACACUCAGCAAAUGGUGCAACGUAUAUCUACAGUAACGACUGAGGAUAUGGGUCGAAUAGCAUCUAAAUAUUUGACACCGUUAUUCGACCCAAAAGAGUGUAAAACAACAAUCGUUUGUCACCCAUCUAAAGUACAAGAAGUGGCUAGUGCAUUUAAAGAAUUGGGCCAUGAUCUUAAACUGUACAACAGCCUUGAAGAAAAUUACUUAAAUGAUUGGUAGUAUUUCAUGAAAUUAUUAUUACAUAUACACUAUU